GACUGUUCCUUCCCGCCGGUGUUCAGCACCAUCGCUCUUAUUCAGCAAAGGCUUGAGCAAGACAUGGUUGCCUUCAGCCAGUUCAAGAGAGGUGAAGGAGCUCUGGCUGGACUCAUUCCUUGGGCAAACAAAAGGACCGAAGGAAACCAGAGUGUCCAGAGCUCCCCCGAUCAAACUCCUCAUGAAAGUGUUAAGCAACUGUAAUACUUCAAAGACGCUAAAUGCUGGGAACAUGGAGAGUCUGAUUGAGUGCCAGUCAGAGGCUGAUGCCAAGAAAUGUGCCCCGCUGAUCCCAGCAGAGACUGAAGGUGGACUUUGCCACUCAACUGCAGACAGAAUAAAGAAAAGAAAGAAGGUGAUAUCGCAGUCAUUCACUCUCAGACGAAGCUCUGCCAGUGGGAAUUCCCAAGGGCAUCUAGUCUCGGGUGCCAAAAUCGCUCUGUUUGGACAGCCUCUCGCAAUUAUCUGUGGGGAAGACGACACACUUCCCCAACCAAUCCAGGAUCUCCUAGUUAUAUUGUAUAUGAAAGGACCCUCCACUGAAGGGAUAUUCAGAAAAGCUGCCAAUGAGAAAGCACGAAAGGAGUUGAAAGAAGACCUAAACAAAGGCAGGACUGUUGAUUUGAAAAGCAAAUCUGUGCACCUGUUGGCAGUGGUCCUGAAGGACUUCCUCAGAAAUAUUCCCUCCAGACUUCUGUUGGCUGACCUCUAUGAGAAGUGGAUGCAAGCUCUUGAGAAGCCAAACAAGCAGGAAAAAAUUGAAGAAUUGAAAGAGGUGGCUGACAAACUGCCCAGACCAAACCUCGUCUUGCUCAAGCACCUGCUCUCUCUGCUCCAGCACAUCAGCCAAAGUGCUGAGUCCAACAGGAUGGACUCCAGCAACCUGGCUAUCUGCGUGGGCCCAAAUAUGCUGAGCCCACAGACAGACACCACCUUCCCACUGGAAGUGCAGAAGGAGAUGAAUGACAAGGUGACAGUGUUGGUGGAGUUCCUCAUAAACAACUGCUCGGAAAUAUUUGGGGAUGACACUGCCUUCCCUGCCUGUGCCUCGGCUGAGGAGUCACCAGAGCACACAGACAGCUCCACAGAACAACUAUGUGCUGCUCAACAAAAUGACUCUGCCUAUGACAGCCCAGAUCCUGAAGCUGAAGGCAGCCCCUGCACCUCUCAGAUGGAGCAGCCCAAAGGAAGGAGCACUAGUGUUAGCAGGAGAUACCCAACACACAUCUCCGCACCUUCGCUGACUCAUUUCAGAAAUGCCAUCAGCACAAUGGACCGGAGGUACUCCGAGCCAGACCUGUCCUUCCAGAACCGCUUUGAAUGCAGGAUAAGGAAUCAGAAGCUAAACAAAAGUGAGGACAACUUUCCAGUUCAGCAGAAGCAGCUGGGGUUGGAGGCACUAGAGAAACGCCUUGCAAUCUUACCUUCACAAUUAUCCACUGACUCUCUACCCAAAACAUCCUCCAGUUGCUCCCUGGAGAGCUCUGAUGGAUCAGUCUUCACCAGCUCCCCAGUAGUUUCGCCCUCUAGUCCCAAAAGAACCUUUUUAAAUAGGCCUCAGUCCUUUUGCACCAAGGCCACUGAAGACUGCAAUACACCCAACAGAGAGAUCAAAAAGCAUUCCAUGUCGUUCUCUUUUGCAAACCACAGGAAAACACUAAUAAAAACCCAGAGCUGGGGCCCUGGAAAGAACGUGGGUUUUCAGAGAGACAGUUACACAAAGAAAGAAGAUCAGUUCUCCUGCAGAGUUGUCCAGGGGAGCAGCCUGGAUAAUGACAAACCAUUGCCUGUGGCCUAUCAGCAAAGGCCUCGUUUCAGGUCAGCUGAUGAAGUGUUCAGAGAGGUAGACCAGAGGAAUCCUAGAAGACCACCUUCUUACGAAGAGGCAACUAAAAACUGUCUGUCCACUGAAGUUCCCUUCCACAAUCUCACGGUUCAAACAAUGAGAUUAAAGGUGUCAAAGCAGGAUGCUUUGCUGCCUCAUCCAUGCAGCAGCUCUGCACAGGACACAGCCUAUAUGGCUCUAAGGGAUCUACCCAGUGGCAGAAUUUCUGCAACGAAGGAUCCUGACGUGGAAACUGAAAGCCUCAGCGUCACGGUGGGAAUAAACUCCCGUGUGAGUUUGCCCGUGACUCCGGGAGUCUACCGAUUGAGAGCCAUGUCUGAAUCCUGUCAAAAGAAUAAACUGGAGUAUUUGGCUCGGAGGUGCAGCCAGCCAGUUUUUGAGGUAGACCAGAUCCAGUAUGCUAAGGAAUCCUAUGUCUAAAAAGUCUCUUCCUUCUCUUCGUGCCAUACAAAGUAAAUAUUGUAACAACAGAUAUCAGUUGUAAGAUUUUACUUUCAAGAGACCAAGAAUAAGCUAGCUAUGCAUGAACAUUUUUUUUUUCCUUGAGGGUCUCCUGAACUGUCAUCUCAACAUGUCACAUUCUUUCACCCCAAGAAGUGUGUGUGGGGGGAAAGACCUGUGUAUUAUUAUGUAAAAAUGUAAGUGGAUAUGCUGUACAUAACCCGUUUGUGUGGGGAAAAUAGUUAGCAGUUGACAAAUAGCGUUGUAUAUGUAUACCCAAAAGGACAAUUAAAAGGUUGGCAGGUCCAAAACCUGUCUCACCUUCCUUUUUUUCCUGUACA